CAGCUGAAGCGCCACCCGCUGGGCUGCGAGUCCCGGUUCGGGAGAGAGGUGGCGGUCGCCAGGGUGAGGUGUAGUGGGUCGCUCUACUGCUGACUUGGAGGCGUGAAUGUAAGUGAGCGGAAAUGUCCACUGAACAAAACUCUUGGACAAGCCUGUUCACAGCUCAGAAAAUAGCCCUGGGGCUUGGGAUCCCAGCCAGUGCCGCGGUCGCCUACAUCCUGUACCGCAGGUACCGGGAGAGCAGAGAAGAGCGGCUGACGUUUGUUGGGGAAGAUGACAUUGAAAUAGAGAUGCGAGUUCCCCAGGAAGCUGUGAAGUUCAUCAUUGGCCAGCAAGGAGCCAAUAUUAAACAGCUGCGGAAACAGACAGGUGCUCGUAUUGAUGUGGACACAGAGAAUGUGGGCGAUGAGCGUGUGCUGCUUAUCAGUGGUUUUCCUGUCCAGGUGUGCAAGGCCAAAGCGGCGAUCCAUCAGAUGCUGGUAGAGAACACCCCAGUGUCUGAGCAGCUCUCAGUCCCCCAGAGAUCUGUGGGCAGAAUCAUAGGAAGAGGCGGUGAGACGAUUCGUUCUAUCUGUAAGGCCUCUGGAGCCAAAAUUACCUGUGACAAAGAAUCAGAGGGGACAUUACUACUAUCAAGACGUAUAAAAAUCUCAGGAACACAGAAGGAAGUGGCAGCAGCUAAGCAUUUGAUACUGGAGAAAGUUUCAGAAGAUGAAGAACUUCGGAAGAGAAUUGCACAUUCUGCAGAAACCAGAGUUCCACGCAAGCAACCAAUCAGUGUGAGAAGAGAGGAAAUGACAGAGCCGGACGGAGCUGGAGAGCCAACAGUAGGGAAAAACACAAGUUCUAGCAUGGGGCAGCCUGCUCCCCGGGCAGUUACUCCCCACAAAGGAGGAGGUGACGUGGCUGCUGUGGGGCCAAAGGAAAGCUCCGGGGAGAAACCUAACGAUGACAGCCUUCAGAAGUCUGGUGCCCAGGCCAUUCCGGAGACAUCCAUAUACGAAAUCCCUAGCCCUGACUUCAGUUUCCAUGCUGAUGAGUACCUAGAAGUCUAUGUCUCUGCCUCUGAACACCCUAACCACUUCUGGAUCCAGAUCAUUGGCUCCCGCAGCCUGCAGUUGGAUAAGCUUGUCAAUGAGAUGACCCAGCACUAUGAAAAUAGCCUGCCUGAAGAUUUGACUGUGCAAAUAGGAGACAUUGUAGCAGCACCUUUACUUACAAAUGGUUCCUGGUAUCGAGCCCAGAUCCUUGGCACAUUGGAAAAUGGGAACUAUGACCUCUACUAUGUUGACUUUGGAGAUAAUGGAGAUUGUCCACUGAACGACCUCAGGGCUCUCAGGAGCGACUUCCUAAGCCUUCCUUUUCAAGCAAUAGAGUGCAGUCUGGCACAGAUCGCCCCAUCAGGUGAACAGUGGGAAGAGGAAGCAUUGGAUGAAUUUGACAGACUCACUCACUGUGCUGACUGGAAGCCCCUUAUGGCCAGGAUCUCUAGCUAUGUCCACACUGGGGUCUCAACGUGGCCAAAGAUCUACUUAUAUGACACUAGCAGUGGGGAGAAACUUGAUAUUGGGCUAGAAUUAGUUCGUAAAGGAUACGCAGUUGAGAUUCCUGAAGACAUGGAAGAAAACGGAGGUGUCCCAGACAUGUUGAAGGAUGUGGCCGCAGACACAGAUGCCUCUCUCAUCUCUGUGUUCACUGAGACCGAAAAGAGCCCUGGAGAGAUGACAUAUACCCUAUCCUCCCCAAGCCUGUCGGAAGCUGCCUCUGUGUCUGGUCAUAACCCUGCAGACGACUUCUCACUCUCAAGUCAGGACUCAGCUUGCACAGUCACCUGCUUUGCUGAUUUGGUGCCUGGAGAGAGAAGUCUUUGCUAGAGACCCAUGCCACUCUUCAUUACAUAUGCUGCCUGGCUUGCUGUGGACCACAUCGGUUUUCUCCUUCUAUUGGACAACCAAAAAGUGUGGGGCAAAGGGAAACAGAUACACUCCCCUACUCCGCCUCUGAUUUCUCCCCCACCCUCCAGUGUCUGCAUACUGCUGUCACUUCCAGGCUGUUCUCAUCAGGCUUGGUCCCCUCUGCCCAUCACAAUGCACACUGCUUCUAGGCUCUGUUCUUUUUGAGGCUGGGAAACAGCCAGAGUUUGUCAUUGAAAGUGAUGAUGCAGCAGCCUGACUCACAUUUUGUUUUUGUUUUGUUUUUUAAGACAGAAUUUCACUUGAUCACCCUCGGUAGAGUGCUAUGGCGUCUUAGCUCACAGCAACCCUAAACUGGGGCUCAGGAGAUUCUCUUGUCUCAGCCUCCUGAGUAGCUGGGACUAUAGGGUCUCACCACUGCUGGACUCACCUUGUCAGGUGACUGUAGCUAAAGGAAGUUUUUGAGUGGUAAGCUCAAGGACUAGGGGCUUGAACACUGCGUUUGAGUCAGGAGGCAAAGGCAAAAAUGGGCAAAAUUUAUUUAAUAAUCUUGAGAAGUGAAGAGAAUGCUACCUCCUAGCCUCAGUUGCUGAUGUUACUGGAGACAGGUUUUUGAAACUCUGCUCCAGCUAUUUCUCUGUGAACUUUAGGUAAAAUUCUAAGAGAGAGGGAGCUCAGGAAGUACUCUAAAUUGCUAACAUAGUACCCAUAUGUGUACACACACACACCCAUGGAGAACAUACAUAGUUACAUUUGAGUCAUUUGGGGUGAUUCUUUGCUGAAUAAAGUUCUCGAGAAAAUCUAAA